UAGUUGCCUAUUAACACCGCUAAGUGCGUGGCUGCGCCUACCAUUGACGGCCUGACGUUAAAAUAAGCGGUCGGUAAAAUAGUCUCUAUCUAAUGUCGGAGAAUAUAUGUCAGUGCGAAUAAUUGGAAAAGCGUGUUAUUUAUUUCUCCUAUUCCCAAUAUACAACAGUGGCGACGAAACCCACAAUUUUCAAAGAAAAUGGCCAAUCUCGGCGUAUUAACGAUAUUCGACCACAAUUUGCAACAAUCGGAUACGUACAUAGGACGUAUUAAGCAGUUUUUCAUCGCAAAUGGGGUCGACGACGCUGUCACGGAUUCGGAGGGAACGAGGAGACGCGCCAUAUUAUUAAGUGCACUCUGCGAUAGCACAUACAAGCUAGUACAAGAUUUAGCGUUACCUAAAAAGCUAGAAAAUGUGCCAUAUGAAGAUAUCUUGUCUCUACUGGAUGCGCAUUUUACGCCAAAGCACAUUGGAUUCGCCGAGCGUCAUAACUUUUAUGCAGCGACGCAGCAGUUGGGGGAAAGUUACGCACAGUGGGCCGCCAGGUUGCGAGGCUUAACGGCGCACUGCAAAUUCACAAAUAUCGAAGAGACCUUGCGGGACCGUUUCAUAAUGGGCAUGCUGCCGGGCCAAGAAAAAGAAAAAUUAUACGGGCAGAACCUGGAGGAGAUGACACUGGCGAAGGCGGUGGAGUGGGCUGAAAAUCUACGUUGUGCUAAAGUUAGCGCGACAGCCAGCGGUAGCGGCGAUGGCGUCGGCCACACAACACCGCUAUUCAAACUCCAAAGUGCUAAAAAGAAGUGUGCAGUGUGUGGUUACACAAACCACGCAACAGAUAAGUGCCGUUUCGCGAAAUAUUCGUGUAAGAAGUGCGGUGUAAAGGGACAUUUACGUAGAAUGUGUGUGAAUUACGUCAAAACGGCCAGUAAUGAGGGUGAGAGCGAAGGGGAUGACGGUAAGUUAUUAUUUAACAUUCGUUCAGUGGGUGGAGAACCUUUGGUGGAAACAGUGGUAAUUGGGGGGGUCAGUUUAAAAUUUGAAAUCGACAGCGGUUCUGCCGUUACAGUUAUAUCGGAAAAAGUUUACAACUCUCAUUUUAAAAAUGUGCCACUGUCACCAGCAAUGAAGAGGCUAAUUACUUACACAGGUGACAAUAUCGAGUGCAUAGGUAUGACUCCAUUACCCGUAACAUAUGCCGGGCUCACACACACACUGUCUGUUUAUGUAAUACGCAAUGGUGGCCCUCCACUGUUAGGACGUGAUUUCAUUUCUCUAUUUAAAUUAGAGCUAUUAACAUCAAAUCACUGCAUACAAGAAGGAAUUAGUCUUGGAAAGUUACAGGCACGCUAUCCAGAUGUAUUUUCCAAUAAAUUAGGCGUAUUUAACAAAUAUCAAGUAAAACUGGAAUUAAAAGAAAACUCAAAACCAGUUUUUUUCAAAGCACGUCCUAUAGCAUUCGCCCUGAGAGACAAGGUAGACAAAGAAAUUGACAAAUUGGUCGAUUUAGGAGUUUUGAAACCAGUAGACCACUCCGAGUAUGCUUCUCCGAUAGUGCCUAUCUUAAAACAUAACGGAAAUGUGAGGUUAUGCGCAGACUACUCAGUGAGUAUAAACAAACAGUUAGUAGUUGAUCAGUAUCCUUUGCCUACAAUUAAAGAAUUAUUUGCGAGGCUACAUGGGGGUGUAAAAUUCACUAAACUAGAUUUAUCUAUGGCGUACAACCAAUUUGUUUUAGAUGAGGCUUCGCAAAACAUUACUUGUAUAAAUACACAUCGCGGUCUCUAUAAAUAUACGCGACUUGUGUUUGGUCUAUCCAGCGCACCAGCUAUUUUUCAAAAAGCGAUGGAAAACAUUCUAUCGGGGCUGGAUGGUGUGCUAUGUCUACUUGAUGACGUAUGUAUCACGGGCUGUAAUGAAAUUCAACACUUGGAGCGCCUAGAAGCCGUCCUACAAAGGUUACAAGCCGCAGGAUUAACUUUGCAAAAAGAUAAAUGUGAUUUUUUUAAGGACGAGAUAAGUUAUCUCGGAUACAUAAUUAAUAAACAAGGUCUAAAAAAGAAUCCAAACAAAGUUAAGGCCAUAGUAGAAGCUCCUACACCAACCAACGUUAAUCAGUUACAGUCAUUCUUGGGGUUGGUAAAUUAUUACCGGAACUUUGUACCAAAUGCAUCUUCUAUACUAUGUCCAUUGUAUGACUUAUUAAAAAAAAAAUUAAAUGGAAUUGGACAUCAGAGCAUAACGAUUCUUUUCAAACUAUAAAAAACUUACUAGCUUCAGAUAAAGUUCUUGCUCAUUUUAACCCAAAUGCAAAGUUAAUCCUGACGGUUGACGCGUCCCCUAGCGGGCUUGGUGCUAUAUUAUCGCAAGUGGACACAGACGGCCUGGAGAGGCCUAUUUCUUUUGCCUCACGGACGUUGAACUCUGCAGA